AUGCAUAAUAGAACACUAACUUUGAUAUCCUUCAAUUGUAAAUCAAUGAAAAGAUCAGUAGAAUGUAUAAAAUCUUUAUGUGAACGGGCGGAUAUAGUCGCAUUGCAGGAAACUUGGCUUCUACCUCAUGAUAUACAUAUUUUAGGUAGCAUUCAUGAUGAUUUUGGAUAUUCUGGAAAGUCUGCUGUGGACACAUCAGUAGGCAUUCUUCACGGUAGACCGUUUGGUGGUGUCGCAAUAUUGUGGCGGAAAAGUGUUUUCAGGUCAGUGUCGGUGAUUAAAUGUGAAAGUUCGCGAAUAAUAGCAAUUAAUGCAGAGACUAGUGAUAAACAAAUGGUUAUUAUGAGUGUUUACAUGCCCACAGACGAUAGUGAAAAUUUAACAGAAUUCACUCACUGCUUAGGCGAGAUCUGUGCAAUUGUUGAGAAUAAUGACUCGCAGACUGUAUUUAUUCUUGGUGAUUACAAUGCGCACCCAGAUGGACAAUUCGGUAAGGAGCUUUUACAUUUCUGUACAGAACAACAGCUGAUUUGUGCGGAUAUAGAGAAAUUAGGUUUGAAUUCGGAUAGUUAUACUUUUAUUAGCGAUGCACAUGGGACAAAAAGUUGGUUAGAUCAUAUUUUAGUAACACAAGCUUCUUGGAAGUCUAUUACAGAGAUAAAUAUACUUUAUGAUAUAUAUUGGUCUGAUCAUUUCCCUAUUCAAAUAAAAUGUAACAUAAAUAUAUUGCAAUCAAAAAUAGCAAUAAAUGGAAGACAUUGUAAUAAAAUAUUGUGGGGAAUUAGAGACUAUGAACAGAUACAAUUAUAUAAUAAUUAUUGUAAUAAAAAGUUAAGUGAAAUUGAGUUCCCAUCUGAGCUUGCUAAUUGUUGUGAUAGAGAGUGCAGUGAUCCUAUUCAUAAGACCAUAAUAAACCAAUUAUACAGUAAUAUAGUAAAUACAUUAGCAGAAGCUGCAGCUCGAAGUCACGACAGGCCUGUUGGGCGGCGAAGAUGUGUAACUGGUUGGAAUAAAUAUGUAAGGGAGGCACAUAAUGAGGCUAGAAUAAAGUUUUCGAUAUGGGAAUUAUAUGGUAAACCAACUGAGGGUAUUAUGUAUAAAGAAAUGUAUGAGAGUCGUAAGAGAUUUAAAAGUAAACUAAAAUGGUGUCAAAAUAACCAAGACCAAAUAAAAAUGGAUAUAAUUGCUCUUUGCCGCUCCAGAAGUGACUUUAGUGGGUUUUGGAGAGCGACAAAUAGUCUUAACGGUAAAACUAAUUUUCCUGUAAAUAUUAAUGGUAUUAAUUGUCCUAAACAAAUAGCUAAUAUGUUUAAAAAUUAUUUUAGAGUAACAUCUCCUUUAGGUCAACAAAACUUACAGUCGACUACAAAUGCUUGUAGUAAAAAGAUAGUAGGUCAAAUGCAUAAUUUUACAUGUAAAGAUAUUGAAUUUAUUAUAAAGAACAUGAAAAGAGGAAAGUCCCCUGGGCAUGAUGGCCUUAGUAUAGAGCAUUUUCAGGCAGCUGGGGACCAUUUGCCCAGGGUGCUCUCAAUGUUAUACACGUUUUGUAUUGGGCAUACAUACCUACCAGAGGAUAUGUUGAAAACGAUUGUUGUACCAAUACUUAAGAACAGGACGGGAGAUGUAUCGGACAGCGGUAAUUACAGACCUAUAUCACUGGCUACAAUAACAGCCAAGGUGUUUGACGGUUUACUUGAUACGCAACUUAGACGACAUCUAAACUUGCAUGACCUUCAAUUUGGCUUCAGGCAGGGGGUGUCGACUGAAUCGGCCAUUCUGUGUCUCAAGCAUACGGUCAGAUACUACACAGACAGAUCCACUCCAGUCUAUGCAAGUUUCUUGGAUUUAAGUAAAGCCUUUGAUAUGGUAUCUUAUGAUCUUUUAUGGAGUAAACUUGAUAAGACUACGCUUCCUACAGAGUUAGUUAGAGUUCUUGAGUAUUGGUAUAAUAAUCAAAGUAAUCAGGUGAGGUGGAAUGAUACUCUAUCAGACUCAUACCGAUUAAAAUGCGGAGUAAGGCAGGGUGGGCUGACUUCACCCAACUUGUUUAAUAUGUAUGUAAAUGGCCUAAUUGAGGAGCUCAGCGGAAUGCAUGCUGGGUGUUAUAUUGAUGGAGUAAGCGUCAAUAACAUAAGCUAUGCCGACGACAUGGUACUGCUGAGCCCCUCAAUUGGAGCUUUAAGAAAAAUGCUAGCUGUGUGUGAAGCAUACGCGAAAAAUCAUGGUCUGGUAUAUAAUUCUAGCAAAAGUGUAAUUAUGACAUUUGUAUCUAGACAUAAAAAACCAAAGUAUGUGCCUCCUAUAUCACUUAAUGGAAAUGUACUUGACGUGGUAACUGAUUUUAAAUAUCUCGGUCACAUUAUUGCAAAUACUUUAAAAGAUGACCUGGAUAUAGAACGAGAAAGAAGAGCAUUGGCAGUUAGAAGUAACAUGUUGGCCCGCAGGUUUACUAGAUGUACAAAACAAGUAAAAAUAACCCUGUUUAAAGCUUUUUGUCAGGUGUUCUACACAAGUAGCUUGUGGGUCAACUAUAGUCAAAAAACUUACAAUGCUCUUCGAGUCCAAUACAAUAAUGCCUUCAGGGCACUGUUGGGGCUACCUAGUCACUGUAGUGCGUCACACAUGUUUGCACGGGAGCGUACAGAUGAUUUUUACGCAAUACGACGCAAACGAAUUGUUUCGCUGUUGGGUAGGGUGCGUGUUAGCUCAAACAGUGUCCUGAAGACAAUUGCUGAUAAAAUGGACUGUCCCAUCCUAAAAUAUUGGGUGGGACAGGUUAUCAAUGUAAGAGCGUUAUGACCGCUCAUUUACUAACAUAGGUUAAGUCAAUUUGUAACUAACAAAAUGGGCCUUAUGUUGUCUAAUUAAAUAAAUAUUAUUAUUAUUAUUUAUU